UAGUAGCCAUCAACACGACACAAGCACAGAAGAGUGUUUGUAAAACGUCAUAUCUAUCCACUCACUCACUGUCUAGUGUGUGAUAUGACAUGAUAUGAUAUUGAUAUUACUUGGGGGGUAAAUUCUGAGGAAGAAGAAACCCUAACAAACCUAAACUCCGAUUAAAUUUGAAUCGUUAAACCCUAAACCCCCAAAUUGAUUCAUUCCGUUGGUCAUGGCUUCUUCAUCGAGUAGCGGAUUGACGUUCAAGCUGCACCCUCUGGUGAUCGUAAACAUCUCGGACCACUACACCAGGGUCAAGUCUCAGAUGAACCCAACCCACGCGCCAACGCACAACAACAACAACGCCAACGGCGGCGACGGCGUCGUUUCGCCGCUCUCCCCGCGGGUCUAUGGCUGCGUCAUAGGGGUCCAGAAGGGCCGCACCGUGGAGAUCUUCAACAGCUUCGAACUCCUCUACGAUCCUUCCUCCCACUCCCUCGAUCGCACCUUCCUCGAGAAGAAGCAAGAACUCUAUAAGAAGGUGUUCCCGCACUUCUAUAUACUGGGGUGGUAUUCGACUGGGAGUGAUGCAGAGGAAUCAGACAUGCAUAUUCACAAAGCUUUGAUGGAUAUCAAUGAAAGUCCAGUUUAUGUUCUUCUCAAUCCUUCUAUCAAUCAUUCUCAGAAGGAUCUACCUGUCAGUAUUUUUGAAAGUGAACUGCAUGUCAUAGAUGGGAUUCCACAACUUAUCUUUGUUCGCUCAAGCUAUACUAUUGAGACUGUUGAAGCAGAACGAAUAUCAGUUGAUCAUGUUGCUCAUCUUAAGCCAUCUGAUGGUGGUUCAGCUGCUACACAAUUGGCUGCUCACCUUACUGGAAUACACAGUGCCAUCAAAAUGCUUCAUAGCAGAAUAAAGGUGCUACAUCACUAUCUUCUUGCAAUGCAAAAAGGUGAUGUUCCUUGCGAGAAUUCACUAUUAAGACAAGUGUCAAGUCUCCUGAGAAGAUUGCCUGCUAUUGAAUCUGGCAAAUUUCAAGAUGAUUUCUUGAUGGAGUACAAUGACACCUUAUUGAUUAGUUACCUGGCAAUGCUGACCAACUGCUCAAGUGCUAUGAAUGAACUGGUGGACAAAUUUAAUAUUGCGUAUGAUAGGCAUAGCAGAAGGGGUGGACGAACUGCUUUUAUGUGAGAGCUGCUUGGUUGCUUAUUUCUGGCGGACAUCCUCAAGGCACUUUUCCAACUAGGCAUAUAUAUAUAUAUAUAUAUAUAUAUAUAUAUAACUCUUUGCUGGUUAGGCACAUGUUAUUGAAGCAUAGUAUUGCUUUGAUUUGAAGAGAAUAUGGAGAGGAAAAAAAUGGCAAGUCACCAUAUGACUGCCCCCUCCAAAGAAAAAAGAGAAAAUGGUAUUUGUUUUUGCAUUUCUAUAACAAGUUUGCGAUGUAGAGGGGGACAAAAGAGUUCAAGGACAUGAUGUGAAGUUUCAUUGUGAUUCUUUGUUGAGUCACCAUCCUUCAUUUUCGUGCUUUGUGGCCAAAUUCUUUUUGCAUGUCUUGGAUGAAUAGAACUUUUACUAGGUUAAGUGUCAUGGGAAUUUGUUGA